UAAAUCGCACGUCUUGUUGUUUUGGAAAAUAAAACUCGCCUAAUUUCACUAAUCUCGUCUCGAUUUGCAAAUCAAAUACACUGUCGAGGAAGAAGAUACUUUGUCGGCUAAAGAGAAAUAAACGACUGAGAUAAGUUUUGUCUAAAAUGGCUACAAUAAGGACACCAAGACCAACACCCAAGUUUUUUCGAGAAGCCCAAACUUUCUCGACGAAAAAGGAACGAGGUACUCCAAGAGAGGCGCCACCACCCAAACCACCUGUGAAGAGUGCACCACCAGUCAGUCGAAUUUACCAGCAUCGUCCUAUUCUCCAUGCGCAGAGAGUUUCAUUCAAACAUGAAAAUAACAACACACACCUUCUUAGUCCCCACUAUGAUGAGAUGAGUAAAGACCUCUAUUUUGAUCAAUGUUUCCAAAUAGAGUGUAAGCUUGGGGUUGGAUCCUUUGGUGAGGUGUUCAAAGUAAAGAGCAAAGAAGAUGGGAAGUUUUACGCCAUCAAGAGAUCACGUGAGCGAUUCCGCGGUGAAUCCGAUCGUCGCAGAAAGCUUGAGGAGGUAGCGAAACACGAGCAGCUUCCAAAACAUCCAAACUGUGUUGCGUUCUUUAAGGCUUGGGAGGAGAGACAACAUCUAUACAUUCAGACAGAGCUUUGUCAUACAUGUCUGAGUAAUUUAUCGGAGAUGUACCACGACAUUCCAGAGGCUAUUAUUUGGAAUUACCUUGUGGAUUUGUUAAUGGCUGUGAAACACCUUCACGAUCAUGACCUGGUGCACAUGGACAUCAAACCAGAGAAUAUUUUCAUCAUGGACGACGGAACGUGUAAACUCGGUGACUUUGGCUUGGUGCUGGAUCUGUCUAAGGGUACUGAUUACUCAGAGGCUCAGGAGGGUGAUCCAAGGUACAUGGCCCCUGAACUUCUCCAGGGAAAGUUCUCAAAAGCUGCAGAUGUGUUCAGUCUUGGCAUAUCCAUCAUGGAGCUCGCCUGUGACCUUGACCUCCCCAAGGGCGGCGAGGGCUGGCACCAGUUGCGAAAUCAACAGAUGCCGAGAGAAUUCAUGAAAGGGAUGUCAGAAGAUUUACAAUAUGUGCUGCGCAAGAUGUUGAAGCCUGAUGAAAGAUUGAGGCCAUCCGUGGAUGACGUCCUUGGAGAAGCUGUAAUCCAUGCAGUUUGGAAGAGAAGGAAACGGCAAAGAAUUCUGAAACAUAUUUAUUCAUUUACUGCCAACUUUUUCAUGUCGAUCCUGUCACUGCUUAUAUGGGUGUGGUUACAUGUUACACGGCCUCUACAUCGGUUAAUACCAGACCGGCUUUGCACACCCCAGAAGCAUCCACAUUCGUCACAUCCAUCAGAUUGGGACUACAGUUUCUCUGAUGAUGACCUCCUUGAUGCUGAAGACUGCAUCAACGUUAGCAAUAAUUCCAUGGGGGUGCCUCUUGAUACCUCCACCUCUAGUGAAACAGACACAAGCUUCAAUGGAGGCUUCAAAGUGCCAAGUAUUCCACAUCGACGUGCUGUGACCUCACCUGGAUUACGGUCACGUCAAAUCACAUCACUCACACCGAAGAACUCGUCUCCUAUUCACCAGCUGUAUUCAAGUGCUUCAAAAUUGACCUCCUCAGAACGCCUAAAUUCAAGUUUCAACAGUGAUUCAUCGUGCUCGCCGAAUAACAGCUUCACUGAUGACCGAGAUGAUGAAAAUAAAAAUAAGCCUAUUGGGCCAAAGAAUUUGAUUAGCAUAUUCGAGGCGGCGUCUGGAGAAUAAGGGGAAAUGAGUAAUCCGACUCUGAUGGAGAAUCGCCAGGAAGCUUCAGUCCAUCGUGGAGUCGGAGAGGACCAGUAGUGAAUUAGCAUGAUCAUGAUAUACAGUAUCAUGAUGCUCUGGACAGUUACAUUUGCUUCGGCUUUAGCUGAACAGUAUAUAUCAGUCCCAAUGAUUUCCACAAGAAAGUGGCAAUGUGAUUGCUUAUUGGCCAGUCCAUUUUGAUAGCUUUGGUUUCCUUGUAAUCUUUUUCCUCAUUAUGACAACAAAGUCUUUGUGAUUCAGUUACAGGUGUUUUAUACUAUCUAAUAUAACAGCCUUCUUAAGAUAUUGCUUUUGCCCUGUAAUUGUUGGCCUACCAUCAUUUGUGCAUGUUCAGUUUUGUAUGACUAAUCUUUUGGUGCUAUGAUUCAUGUUCUAUUGUAAUUGCUUGUAUAAUCAUCUUUUUAAAGUAAGACUGAAAACAUUCCUUUACUGUUCUGGUCAUCGUAGCUUUGUGUCCAUCCGUACUCAUCCUGUCUUCCUCUUCAUUCAGUGAUUCAUGCUGAUAUUCUUGAGCCUUGCACAUGUAGCCCCCCGGAAAAUUAUGUUCUUUUGUGAGUUCACUUUGUUCAUUGUUUUGCUCAGAAUCUGAUUUUUGUACCUAAAGUGAAAAACAAUGUGUCUAUACAGAAAAAUUCGGAGUCUUUUAAAAAGUGAAAAUGAAUGGGGUGUCUUACCCUGGGCAGUAAUACCAUUCCAUUGCCUGUCUCUGGUCAUGGUCUGUGGUGUGUAUUAACCUUUUGAUGAGUUUCGAGGUAAAAUGUUGAGCACAGCAAGCUGAGGUACUUUCUGACGGACCAAAUAUUUCUUGUUAAAAUAUGUAUUUAUCCAGUUUGUUAAUUGUAUGAUGAAGAUUCAAAAUCAUGUUCAUGUGGUGUAGGCAACCAUUCACACAGAUGAUUAGAUUGGCCACCUGGACUUACCUUUCUUCAUGUAGUUGUUGGUUUACAUAAUAUUGGGGCAAAACAGUCCAUUCAGGUAAAACAGGGUUGUUUGGGGUUGGUAUGGGAGCACCUGUUUGUGAUGUGUGAUAUGGUUGGACAGAAAUGCUUGACUCGAAAUAGGAUUUUAGUAGAUCUGAGGCAAAAGGUAUGUGUUUGGCAAGCAAGUGAUUGGUUCUGUAUCACAUACUCAUACAUUAUUGUCAUGCAAUCUUGUCUUGUCCUGGUACAACAUGACUAAAACUGGUGCAUUUGACAUUAUUUGAGGUCUUCAUAAGGCUUCACCAGUUGUACUGUCUGGUUGUCACUUUCGAUUUAACGCUUGCCUCGGAUAAUAAGUUUGGACUUUCACUCUUGUUUCCAACAAGCUUGCCGUGUUCUGAUGUCAUGGUACAUCAUCACUAAAAAUUGUGCACUUCUGAUAUGACAAUUUUUAUACACGUAUUCUGAAACCGAGUUAUCUGAAGAAAAUCAGCAAACAGAAGAUGUAUAUUGAGCCUUGGUUUUUUUUAUGUCUUGUAAAUAUGAAUGUAAAUAAAAUUCAUCAACU